AUGCGUCUGCCAACCAACCUCAUAUGCUUGACACUAUCUGUUCUCCCUUCAGUUAUUGCGGUGUACUCAGACGAAGCGUAUAGUGUAGAUUACCACCAUGAACUACUCGGCCUGCCCCUUCCACAUACCACUUUUUUCUACCGACCGAGAAAGGACGACAAAGCAUCAUUAAUAUACACAUUGAGCGACCUAGGCGUGCUCGGGGCUGUAAACCCUGGUGUUGGCACUGUGGUAUGGCGCCAACUACUCGCUGAUUAUGAGGGACUUCCACAACCUGGAUUUCUGCGGCCGAUAGAGGGAGAAAAUACUGUCGUGUCAGCGAUUGGCAGUAGGGUGGACGCCUGGGAUGCGCUGAGCGGAAAAUCCGUGUGGGGAACUUCAUUUGAGGGUGCUGCGAGGGACGUGGAGGUCAUGGAAAUAGCUGCUGGAUCGACCGAAGCCAAGGAUGUUCUGGCACUUUUCGAGGAAGGUGGGACGACAUAUUUGAGAAAAUUAAAAGGCACAACUGGCGAUGUAGUCUGGGAGUUCAAAGAUGGGAGCGUGGAUACGCCAUUACAAGUCAGCACGAAUGUGCGGAGCGUCUUCGUUGUUUCCCUUCAUGGUUCCAGCAGCGGCUACAACCUAAAGAUAACAGUACUGGAUCCGGUCACUGGCAAGCGAACGACCGAAUAUACUCUCACAACGAAACUUGACGUCCACGCGCCUGAGGAUGUGUUGCUUGUUGGGGCAAAUUCUGCUGCUCCUAUUGUCGCUUGGGCCGAUAAAGCAAUGAAGACCCUGAAGGUAAACCUACUGGGAAAGCCAGGAGAUAUCCAGAGCCUACCCCUUAAAGACUCCGACGGUGCUAUUAAAAAAGUCGAAUUACAUGCGCCUCAUCUAGUUCAAUCCCUGCCUCAUUUCUUGGUACACAGCCAUACGGAGACUUCUAACCGGGCAGACGUCUACCACAUUGAUCUCGCCAGUGGUAACAUCAAAAAGGCUUAUGACUUGCCUAAACUUCCCGGUCAAGGCGCGAUAUCUGUCAGCUCACAGGAAGCGAAUGUUUAUUUUACCAGACUUACACAAGAUGAAGUCAUUGUUGUAUCCUCUGCUUCCCAUGGGAUCCUCGGCAGGUGGCCUUUGAAGCUAGAAACAGCACAAGGGUCUCUCGUUCAUGGAGCGGCCGAAGUUGUGCAAAAGUCAUCAGAUGGUUACGCUAUUCGAUCCGCUGUCUUGACAACAGAACAAGACUGGGUUCUAGUUCGAAAUGGUGCCGAGAGCUGGGUUCGUCCAGAAGGCCUUUCUGGUGUUAUUGCUGCGGCAUGGGCCGAGCUUCCAGAAUCAGAAAAUCUUGUGAAGAAUCUAGAAGUCGAGGCUGAGAGCAACCCUGUCUCGGCAUACAUGCAUCGUGUAAAUCGCCAUAUCAAUGACUUGCAAUACUUGCCCCAAUAUCUGCAGGCUCUCCCAAGACGUUUUUUGAGCAGCAUCAUUCCAGCUGAAAUCAUCGCCCCGAAAAUUGGAGUUUUGACCAAGGACAGCUUUGGAUUCAACAAACUUGUUAUCGUUGCAACCCAGCGCGGACGUAUUUAUGGGCUUGAUGCUGGAAAUCAAGGGAGAAUUGUUUGGUCCGCUACGGCAUUCCCUCAAUCUGAGGGUAGAAGCUGGGACGUGAAAGGCAUUUGGGUCGAGAACCUCAAGGGCCAGACGACCAUCCGAGGCAGCGAUGGGGAAUAUGUUAUUGUUAACACCACCUCUGGAACCAAGAUUGAGUCAGUCGCGCCUGGAUCAUGGCCCACCUUGACUGCCACAGCUCUCGUGGACAGUACGUCAGGCAAGUGGCUUCUUCCAAUUGGGAUCGAUGGUAAUCCCGGUGAUAUUCCUUCAGAGUGGGCUCCGAAGGACACUAUUGUAGUCCGAAGUGGGAAUGGGGAGGUGAAGGGUUUAAGAUUCGAGCCCAAGACAGCGAGUCCCAAUUCUGAGCCUGUUAUGACCUGGUCUUUCACCCCUCCAGCUGAUCAGCGGAUUAUUAAAGUCGUCUCGCGGCCUGCCCAUGACCCCGUUGCUUCAAUCGGUCGCGUUCUUGGUGAUCGUACCGUCCUCUACAAGUACUUGAACCCGAACGUUGCCCUUAUUACUGCUGUCUCCGACGAGAAACUGACGGCUUCUUUCUAUCUGAUUGAUACUGUCUCUGGCGAUUUACUUUAUUCUGUUAGCCACGAAGGCGUGGAUACUACGCAGCCAAUUACCUCCGCGCUUACUGAGAACUGGUUCACGUAUUCCCUCUGGGGUGAUAUAACAACAGACCUAUCAUUGCCAUCAACCUUGAAGGGUUACCAAAUUGUCAUUUCCGAGAUGUACGAAUCUGAUGUGCCAAAUGAUCGCGGACCUCUCAGCUACCAUGUCAACUCAUCCAGCCUCGAACCAUCCGAUAUACCCAAUGCUGAUCCAUCCUUACCUCAUGUCGUUUCGGAAACUUUCUUGAUUCCAGAAGCAAUCAGUCACAUGUCAGUAACACAAACUCGGCAAGGCAUAACGGUCCGGCAACUCCUUUGUACUCUUGCCUCGAGUAGAGCUAUCAUUGGUAUUCCAAAGCAAAUCCUCGAUCCUCGGAGACCCAUUGGACGAGCACCCACCGCAGCAGAGCAGGAAGAAGGUCUUUUCCAAUACACCCCGAAUAUCGAAUUCGACCCGAAAAUCAUCUUGACACAUCAACGCGAAGUCAUCGGGGUCAAAGAUGUUAUUGCUAGUCCAGCUAUCCUAGAAAGCACGAGUCUAAUAUUCGCCUACGGAGUUGAUGUGUUUGGAACGAGAGUAGCUCCCAGUGCAGCUUUCGAUAUACUAGGCAAAGGCUUCAACAAGAUAAGUUUGGUCGCAACAGUGGCUGCUUUGUGGGUUGGUGUGGUGGUAUUGGCACCGAUGGCAAGUCUAUUCCCCUAUUAA